AUGGAUUUUUACUACCGCAAGCUGAUGGGCAAUGGCACUGUUGCCAGCAAGUUCCGCUUGAACAGCAUCCAGCUCAAUCAGUCCAACAUGCAAAAGGUCGCAGAAAACAAAGCCGCUAAUAACUCGAAUGUAGAAAGAACGCAGGAAUCCAAAACGGACUAUCCAGCAGAUAAUUAUCCCAUAGAAAGUCCCGAAACUCACCACCCCAGCAAUUGUAUUCGUUGCUAUCGGUUGAAGAAAAAGUGUUCCAGACAGUAUCCCAAAUGUUCUACAUGUACCAAAGGGCAUUUUGACUGUGAAUACGUAACUAGGUCUAACAAACGUAAACGCAGGAAAAAGGCGGAUUUGAAUAAUCUCGAGAACACUAUUGAUUUAACUCAAAACAAAGCUACGGGAAAAGAUGGUAAUGUAGAUAAACUGGUUGUGGCACAUAAAUUAGUAUCUGUAUCGUCUCUUCUUACCGACGAAACUCCAGAUCCUUCAAAAUUGGUCUCUACUCAUGAAUCAUCUCGACCUAGAAAAGUUCCCUCAGCUGCCCUUUCAAGUAUGGCCAGAAGAACAAGAGAACACAACGAAUCACUAGCGGAAAAACUGACUAAGAAGCUCUUCCAUCCUCUAAAGACAAACCUCAAUGAUGAUUUCAUCACCGUAUUACCCAUGAAGAACUAUAUCUCCGCCACAUUUGUAUACAAUUACUUUGAGAAUUUUGGCUCCAAAUACCCUUUCGUUAACAAGGAAGAAUUCAUGCAGCGAUUUGUAAAGAUCGACUUUAACAAGGAGGCUAUCGUCAACUUGGAUAUUUAUAUGGUAAUGAGCAUUGGCUGUAUCAUAUAUGAUUCAUAUAGCAAUGUGCUGCUUUUCGACAAAUUCUUCAAGGAAUCCAUAAUAGAGUCUAUUGUGGACGGAUUAGAUUUUACCUUUAACGGACAAAAUAGCGAGAAAGAAGAACUUCAAAACUUGGAAUUAAUAACCCUCCUCACAAUCUACAGUAUUGCGUCUUUGAACAAACAGAAUUGCUGGGCUCUUGUGGGAGUUUUGAAUAGAUUGGCCCUUCAAUUGGAUCUAUACAAAGCAACGGACAAUGUGCGAAAACAGAGACUUUUCUGGUCUAUCCACAAUAUCGAGAUGGAAUUGAGCUUGUUGCUAAACAAGCCCGCACAGACUCCUCAAGAUAAGUUUAUCACUUUAGACUACCCAUUGAAAAAUAAGUAUUUUAAAUGCGAAGAAGAGGUGCUACUUUCACAUGAGAUAUGGUAUGCCAAAAUCCAAGAGAAGAUUCUUGUAUUGCAAUUGUCUAACGAUGAUGACAAACAGAAAUUGGUGACAUUGUCCUCUGAGAUUGAGAAGUGGAGAGUUGGUAUAAGUGGAGUGGUUCAUCGAGUAUAUAGAGAAUCGCUGCUCUUGAAGAACUAUACCGACUUGAUCAAUUUAAAUUACUACUAUUUGCUUGUGGAGCUAGAUCAACUUUCUCCUAACAAAUCCUUCCAAUUCACAUUACAAUUUGUUUCCAACUCGUUUUCAAUUCUUACUUCAAAUGCAGAAGUUGAAAUCGACAACGAAGACCAAAACUCAGGUUCUAAAAAACCAGUAGUACGUUUGUCUUUGGCGUCAUCCUUAUUUUGGUACAAGAAACUAUUUAAAGUCGUCAGGUUCAACAUGGAUUCCUUAAGCAGGAUGAUUGCUUCUACAACAACAGUCAAGUUUGACUUUGGAAUCAAAUUGAACGAAUUCAGAAGUAAUAUUCUGUUGAUAACCAACCUCUUGAAAUAUGUC